AUGUACCACAGCUGCUUGGCAGAAGGCAUCCCCAGAGUUGCAGCACUCAAACCCCUCUCUGCCCCAGGUUUCGCCUUCCCCAACUGGGCCUACAAAGCUGAGUUGUCCCCGGGCUCCCAGAAGAUCCAGCUGUGGCACUUCAUCCUGGAGCUGCUGUAGAAGGAAGAGUUCCACCAUGUCAUUGCCUGGCAGCAGGGAGAGUACAGGGAGUGUAUCAAGGAUCCAGGUGAGGUGGCUCACCUCUGGGGCCGCAGGAAGUGCAAGCCACAGAUGAAUUAUGACAAGCUGAGAUGGGCCCUCAGACAUUACUACAAUAAGAAGAUCCUGCCCAAGAUCAAAGGCAAAAGAUUCAUGCAGUUCAACUUCAGCAAGCUCAUCAUAGUCAACUAUCCUUUAAGGGAGAUACAGGCAGCACCAGCCCCCAACCUGCUGCUAGGGGCCCCUGCCUUUUUUCGGCCAGCCAUGGUGCCCAUGAGCAUGCAGAGUGAGCUCCUACACAACAUGCUGCUCACCCACUGGGCCAUGGUGGAACAGAUGGCUAGACUGACCCCCUGAGGGCCACCAGAGCCCUCUGGGGGUAAGAAGGGGAGCAGAAGUGAAAUUUACAGACUUGGCUCUGCCUCCGCCCCCUGCCUGCUCUACCCUUGCUGCCACUUGGGGAGCUUCCCAGAAGAGCUGCCCAGUUUUGCCUCCUUCACCCCUCCCCUUCUACCCUCUCUCCCCUCUGACUAGACCCGCCUCUCAGGUCCCUUCUUGCCCCCUCUCCUCCCGGAGCAGCAGUUUCCAGGGUCCUCCAAGCCAGACACUCUGCUUCCUGGGCCGAUGUGCCCCUCAGCAGCCUGGAAUUUUUCAGGGCUUCCCCUGUUGGCUGAGCUGGGACAGGGAGCUGGUGAGAGGCUCAGUCUCUUGUCUCUUAGGCAGGAAGUGUUGGAGAUAAAGCUGCACCCCUCAAUGAGGGCAAAGCGAUGCCUGGAUCCCUGGGAGGGCUUCUCCUCAGAGAUACGUGGACCCAAAAUUGGGGAGAAAAGUCCUAUGUCCCCUAAUUUGGAGAAUUUUGAAGCAGUGUGGACCUUGGAUCCUCCUUAA